GUCAACCACACCGACACCGAGGAGCUGUCGGCCGGCGAGGAGCACCUGCAGCGCUGCACGCAGCUCCUCCAGCCCCACCGCCUCUCCCCGGACUGCGUCUCCCUCUACAUACAGGCCCAGAACAAUCUAGGUAUCCUGUGGUCUGAAAGGGAUGAAAUUAAAACUGCCCAGACCUACUUGGAAUCUGCAGAAGCCUUGUAUAAUCAAUACAUGAAAGAGGAUGGAAAUCCUCCCCUGGAUCCCAGUGAACAUUUCAUGGCAGAGGAAGAAAAACUCACAGACCAAGAAAGAUCCAAAAGAUUUGAAAAAGCCUACACGCACACUCUGUAUUACCUGGCACAAGUCUACCAGCACCUGGAGAUGAUCGAGAAGGCUGCGCAGUAUUGCCACACUACUCUGAAACGGCAGCUUGAGUACUGCGGCUACUACCCGGUAGAGUGGGCGCUCAAUGCUGCCACUUUGUCGCAGUACUAUCUCUCUAAGCAAUGCUUUAUGGAGUCCCGGCACUGUUUGGCAGCAGCCAGUGUCAUCUUCAGCCAAGCUGGACAGGUGCCAUCUGCUGAAGACAGUGAAGCAGAGCAAGACCAACAGGACCUUCAGCAGAGAAAAGCCAAAAUUGCAAGAUGCUGGAUUAAGUAUUGCCUGAAUCUCCUGCAAGGCGCUCGGAAAUUACUUGAGGAUAACAUAGGAGAGCUGGAUCCAGACAGGCAGCUGGAACUUAAAGCCCAAAGGCAAAAAGAGGAGGAUGAAAAAGAGAAGGGCAGGAAAAAAGCCGUCCUUUUUGGGACGAGUGAUAUCUGUGACUCUGUCUUAGCCAUAGAAGAGAAAGUGAGCAGCGUAUAUCCUUUAGAUUUUCAAGAAGCCAGAGAAGUCUUCCUCGUUGGCCAGAACUAUGUUCAGGAAGCAAAAGAGUUCUUUCAGGUUGACGGUUACGUCACUGACCAUAUUGAGAUUGUUCAGGAUCACAGCGCAUUGUUUAAGGUACUCGCUUUCUUUGAAGAAGACUACGAGAGGCGCUGCAAAAUGCACAAGCGUAGAAUAGACAUGCUGGAGCCUAUCUACGCAGACUUGAAUCCCCAGUACUAUCUCUUGAUCAGUAGGCAGCUGCAGUUUGAGCUGGCUGACACCUAUUACGAGAUGAUGGAUUUGAAGGUGGCUAUCGGGAACAGGCUAGAGGAGCUAGACACGCACACCAUUAAAAAAAUCAAUUCUCUGGCGCAGUUAGCGAUCAAAUACUAUGAACUCUUCUUGGAUUCGUUGAGGAACCCAGAUAAGGUGUUUCCUGAAAAGCUCGAGGAGGAUGUUCUUCGCCCUGCAAUGGUGGCUAAAUUCCAUAUUGCGCGACUGUACGGUAAGCUUAUUACUACGGAUAGCAAAAAGCAACUGGAAAAUAUACAGACGUCGUUGGAAUAUUACACAUUUCUGGUAGACUAUUGUGAGAAGUACCCAGAUGCUGCCCGUGCCGUCGAAACCGAACUGGAACUCAGCAGGGAGAUGGUGGGUCUUCUCCCAACGAGAAUGGAGAGGCUAAGAGCAAAGCUGUGCCCGUUCAUAUAAGCGCUCGCCUUGAAGGGGAUGUGCGCUGCUGAAACGAUAUCCGUCAAAACCCGUGCUGUCGGACACCU